UAUUCUAAAAAAUUACUAGCGUGGGAAAUCAAGCCAAAAAAUGGAAAAAUCUGCCCUUUUUCUCCUCCUUGCACUACUCUUACCAAUCCAUCAUUUGAUGGAUUAUAGCUCAGCCAAAAACGAUAUCAACACCGAUCGUUCUUCACUCCUUGCCUUGAAAUCUCAAAUCACUUUAGAUCCUCAAAAUAUAUUGACCCAAAAUUGGAGCGCUGAAGCCAGUGUUUGUAGUUGGAUCGGAGUUACUUGUGAUUCACGCUACAAUAGGGUGACGCAGUUGAACAUAUCGUACAUGGGUCUUGUCGGGACCAUCCCACCAGAAAUCGGGAGUCUUUCUUCUCUCGUUUCUUUAGACGCGAACGACAACUCUUUUCAUGGCCCAAUUCCUCCAUCCAUCUUCAACAUGUCAUCACUAGAAGUUUUGAGUUUGAGGAAUAAUAGUUUUAGUAGUAGUUUACCUCUUGAUAUGUGCAAACACAAUCUUGAUAGGCUCAAGAUACUUAGUUUGUCUUACAACGAGAUGUAUGGGGAAAUACCAUGGAGUUUGGAGAAGUGUUCACAGCUUGAGUUUCUUUCUUUGUUCAACAACAAUUUUAGGGGAUUUGUGCCGAGAGAAAUUGGUAGCUUGACGAAGCUUCAAAAGUUGAACCUUGGUGCAAAUAUGUUGACUGGUCCAAUACCAUCUACUAUUGGAAACCUCUCAAAUUUGGAAUACUUAGUUCUUUCUUCCAACAAAUUAAAUGGUACAAUACCAUCUACUAUUGGAAACCUGUCACGUUUGCUUGAGUUAUAUCUCUCUUCCAACAAAUUAACCGGUGAGCUUCCAUCCUCGAUCUGUGACAUGACAUCCCUUUGGUAUCUUGUUCUCUCAAAUAACACUUUGGACGGAACAAUUCCACAAUGCUUUGGAAACUUGAGCUCUUUGUCCAUCUUUCAUUUAAAUGAAAAUCACAUUAGUGGUCUCAUUCCAUCAACAUUUGGUAAGGGGUGUAGGCUUGUGUCCAUCAAUUUGCAUGGUAACAACUUGCAAGGACCAUUACCUAAAUCCUUGAUCAAUUGUGAAUUUCUACGAGGACUCGACAUCGGAUAUAACAGAAUACAAGAUGAAUUUCCCUUUUGGAUGGACGGCCUUCCUUGGCUUCGGGUGUUGGUCUUGAGGUCUAACAGGUUUCAUGGUAACAUGUCAUUUCUUUCGCGAACCAAGAUUCCAUUUUCUAAUUUGCAAGUUUUAGAUAUAUCUCGCAAUAGAUUUGUGGGUUCUCUACCUCUGAGAUAUUUCAAGAAUUUCAAAGCAAUGAUACAGGUAAAUGAAACAAACUUGUCAAAGGACGACACCUUUCGCGCAUUUUUGGAGAUGAGGCUCACCAUAAAAGGUCUGGAUCGAUUAUUAGAGAGAUUGUUGUCAGCCUUUACAACGAUUGACUUAUCCUCUAAUAGGUUUUCUGGGAGUAUUCCGGAUUGCAUAGGAAAUCUUAAGAUUCUCAAAUACUUGAAUUUGUCCCAUAAUAACCUCAUAGGAAAUAUACCCUCAUCUCUUGGAAAUAUGAGUGAACUUGAAUCCUUGGACUUGUCAGUGAACAAGUUGGAUGGAGAAAUUCCAAGUGAAAUGACCAGGUUGACAUUUCUUUCGACAUUAAACCUUUCAAUGAAUAAUCUUGUCGGAAAAAUUCCACAAUCUACUCAGUUUUCCACUUUUGAGAAUAGUUCAUAUGGGGUGAAUGUAGGAUUGUGUGGAUUUCCUUUGACAAGAAAAUGUGAAAGGAUUGACGAACAAGCUUCCCCUCCGAUGCAGUCAGAAGAAGAAGAAGAAGAAGAGUAUGGAUUUAUAGAUGGAUUUGGAUGGAGAAGUGUUGUGAUGGGAUAUGGAAGCGGAUUCUUAGUUGGAAUUGGAAUUGGUUACAUUAUUAGUAGAAAUGGAAGGCCAAGAUGGUUAGUGGAAUUCUUUUUUGGCGUUGGAUAUAAUUAUAAGAUGAAGAAGAGACGCGGCAGAGCUACAACACCAACACCAACACCAACACCAAAUUGAAGCCCAAAAGAAUUCAUUUGGAAAUCCUGGUCUGCUUUUUCUUUUUUUCUUUUAGAAAUGAGAGUUUGUGCUUGAUUUGUGUUUUCUUUUUAUUGCAAUUUGGAACUUAGUGUGUUUUGCUUGAAUUCAACUUUUAGAGUUUAAGAAAUAUUGUUGUAUAUUUGCAUAUGUUAAGUUC